UGGGCACAUGGAAGAAAUGGGGUAAUGGGGAGAGAGAUGGUGUAACCUAACAUUGGAGAUGUCAAUGUUCAUUCUGCUGUGUUGUAAACUACCCGAGCGGAAUAUGAGGUGCUGAUCCUCCAUUUAGCGUGUGACCUCACUCUGUCAAUGGAGGAGGCCCAGGACUGGAAGAACCAUAUGGAAAUGAGAAGUGGAGUUGGAAUGUUUAGUAACCGGGAUGUUCCGCAGAUCUGGGUCACUUAGUCUACGCUUGGUCUCGAUGAUGUACAGGAGGGGGCCGAACCGAAGCGUCACCAAUCCACAUCCUCGUGAAACGCUGCCUGCUACGCCGUGUUCCAGCACUUUGUGUUUUAUAUAAGAUGGCAUUUUGCAUUUCUUGUAUCUCAAUGAAUUGAGCUUUGUGUUUUAUUUAUUUCAGGAUGAAGCUGGUCGGGAGAGCAGUGCAAGUGUUGAUACUGAAUCGUUGUCAGUGACAGACGCUGCCCCGGCCUUUGAAACGUUCUAUCGCCCCUUUGUGUUGAGCACAAUGAUAACAGAAAUAUCUGAUGCCAUUAAGCGGUGUAGCUUUUCACCUUACGUCUCCGUCACCAUGGAUGUGGAAACAGCGCAUGUGCGGCUCGAGGUGUCUGAGGAUCGGAAGAGGGUGAGAUGGACCCGGACCGUCAGGAGUCUCCCUGACACCGGGAAGAGGUUUACAGUCAAUCCGCGUGUGUUGGGAUCGGAGGGAUUCACAUCGGGGAGACAUUACUGGGAGGUGGAGGUGGCGGGGAGUCGGGACUGGAGGCUGGGGGUCGCCGCAGAGUCUGUGGAGAGGAAGAGAGAUGUCACACCGACCCCGGAGACUGGAGUCUGGAGCAUCAUGCGGCUGGGUGACGAGUUUGAUGCAUUCUCCUCCCCUCCAUCCCGUCUCCCCGCCCGUCCCAUCCCCGGGAGGGUGGGAGUCUAUCUCAGUUACGAGUCCGGGACAGUUUCAUUUUACGACGCGGACACCAAGUCCCAUCUCCACACCUUCACUGGGAAUAAAUUCACGGAGAAACUUUAUCCUUUGUACGGUAUUUGGGAUGAAAACCAUUGGCUCAGAAUCUGCUCCGGUUCCGCUCCGGGUAUGUAAAAGGGUAGGGUCCCGGGACCGGCGUCAGGAGCGGGGCUCAGGGGCUGUGGGGCAGAAACCCGGUGGACAACAGGUCGGCGCUGAACGAACGGCUCCCAUUUAAUCCCCAAAUUCCGCGUCGUGAAACAAACCCCAGUGAGCGCGGAAAUAAAACCGGGGGAAUGUAAAUGUGGGAAGAGUGAAAUAAACAGCAACUGAAAUCAGAA